AUGUUUGGUGUACACAACAACAACAAACAGAGCUCUUCUCUCUUUUCUCGUCUCUAAUUUACUCAAAAAAAUGUCUGGAAUUGUAGUGGUUUUCGACUUUGACAAGACAAUUAUUGACGUGGAUAGUGAUAAUUGGGUGGUGGAUGAGUUAGGCGCUACUGAUUUGUUCAAUCAACUUCUCCCUACUAUGCCAUGGAACUCUCUCAUGGAUAGAAUGAUGAAGGAGCUUCAUACACAAGGCAAAACAAUACAAGACAUUGAAGAGGUAUUAAAACGGGUUCCCAUACACCCUAGGAUUGUUCCAGCUAUUAAAUCAGCUCAUGCAUUAGGGUGUGAUUUGAGAGUAAUAAGUGAUGCAAAUGUAUUCUUCAUCGAAACAAUAUUGAAACAUAUUGGAAUCAGGGAUUGUUUUUCUGAGAUCAACACCAAUCCAGGCUACGUCGAUGGGGAAGGCAGGCUUCGAAUCCUCCCUUAUGUUGAUUUUCAAAAAUCCCCUCAUGGUUGCAAUCUCUGCCCUCCCAACAUGUGCAAGGGUAUGAUAGUAGAGAGAAUUCAAGCUAAGGAAGGAAAGAAGAGAAUGAUUUAUCUAGGCGAUGGAAUCGGAGAUUUCUGUCCCAGUUUGAAGCUGAGGGAAGUAGAUUUUGUGAUGCCAAGAAAAGAUUUCCCAGCCUGGAAUUUGAUAAACCAAAACAGGACACUAGUAAAAGCAGGGGUCCACGAGUGGACCGACGGCAAAGAACUUGAACACAUUUUGCUACAAUGGAUCAACACAAUCAACAUUGAAGAAAGUCAAUUGUUAUCAAUGGAGUAUUGCAAAUUCCAGACGAAACCCAAUGCAGCUCAUGGAGCCUUGCCACGGCCUCUUCCAGUGCCUUACUAAAUACUAAUGGCUACAAGAUUAUUGUACUUUGUUUUGUACGUUUACUAUCAAAACUUAAAAACUACUAAUUGCCAUAUUUGAACAUGUGGUUUGUGUUCACGAAGACUCUUCAACUAUUCUUUUGGAAAAUGACUCUUUCUCGAUUCAA